AUGCCUAUCAGCACCUGGCUCAUAGUCAUGACUGAGCGUAUGAGGAAGGCCCCAAGAUACGAAGCAAUGGUCACCCUAGCAGAGAAUGUGAAAGACAUCCGCAUUGAAGACCGCGAGUGUCGCUCAGAAAAAAUUGCUGCUCAGCCCGCGAGCGAAAGCAACGCGUCGACCGACUCGAAGGAAAAACGCCAUCGUUGCAUUAGGUAUAUUGCAAUGCUAGUGCGCGACCUUGAGCCGAGAGGCCGUCAGAUUUUUAUUGGAUCAACGAAGGAAAAUGAUGGGAAAUAUUACGCUGGAGCAUGGCGAGGCUGGGGUGAAUCUGGAGAGCCAUUUCACAAGGGGGAAGACGGAAAGUUGGACCAUUUCAAUGCGCUGCUCUGUCUUCUCAGGGGCCUCGCUGAAAUCGCCGAGAAGCGCAUAGUUGAAGGCAAAAUGGAUACCUACUACAAACGCGAUCGUUUGAAGAAGAUUAUCUCUGGUGCCGGAUUUGAAGUCAUGGAGUAA